AUGAAAUUAUUACUACUUUCUGCACUCUUAUUUUCCGUCGCUUACGGUCAACAGCUAAUCAAUUUGAACACCCUGAAAGGAGGAAACGAGGUGAACCAGCUGAAUGGCGAUGCACCAUACGGAAUAUACGUUUCGGCAACUUCUGAUAGUACGACCACUCUUUCAAGUAUUUUCGUGGUCUUAAAAGAAACAAUGGAACAAAUACAUCAAGGUCCUGAAUAUAUUGAGACCACAACCAAGACUUCAGGUACUAACUCAAUUUUCAUGGCUUUUGUGAUUUCUGUGUUUUUGAUGCUGUAA